AUGUCGAAGUUGGAUAAGCUUUUAUCAAUCAGGUUAAGAACCAUCGGUGAUUUUGAUCACCAUAAUGAGGAAUUAAAAAAGUUUACAGCAACGAGCAGCGUCACUGCCAUUUCAUAUCGAAUGAUUGCUUUCGAAAAAACUUAUAAGGAAUUCGUGGAUGUCACCGAAGAGUUAGAAAAGGUUGCAGCUUUUCACGAGCACGAUCAAUACGCAGCAGUCAUAGCAGCAAAUAGGAAAGUAUUGGAUAAGUAUUUAGAGGCCAAACUGUUCGUAUCACAGUUGUUGCCAGACGAUGAAGUAAACACUUCUUUGAACUCUUCAUUUUUUCCACAACUACCACGAUGUUAUGCUGAAACAACCGAAAAUCAGGCUCAGUCUAAUUCAAACAAGGGACUCGGCCUGAAACUGCCAAGCAUUCAGCUUACACCCUUUGACGGUAAACAUGAAAAAUGGCCCGAAUUUAAAGAUUUAUUUCUAUCUAUCAUGAAAAAAUACAAGGGUGACGAUGUAGAAAAACUCACACAUCUCCGAAAUUUUCUCCGAGGGGAAGCCUUAGAGACAAUUGCAUAUCUCGGAGUUAAAAAUGGCAGCUAUGAAACUGCAUUGGAAGUUUUAACAAAAACUUAUGAAAGUAAAGAUGCCAUCAUCGAUGCUCAUUUACGAAACUUUGUCGAUCUGCCUCAAAUCACGGACGCCGUACCAUCAAGUAUACGGCAGGCAAUUACAACAACACAAACUUGUUUAGCAUCGAUAAAAUCAUUCGAAAUUAUGACUGAGACAUGGGACACCAUAAUUGUGUUUCUCUUGAAGGAUAAAUUUAGUCAUGACAUUCGUAACAAAUGGGAAGAAGAACGAAAAGGCUCGCAUGAACCAGCAACCAAGAAGGAAUUGUUAGACUUCUUGGACAUCCGUUACCGAAUCAGUCUAAGAGCUGCUACACGGAAACCACCAUCAAAACCAAACACCGACACGAAACGAAAUGUCAAGACGUUUACACUGACUGAUGGAGAGAAUAGUUUUGUCAAGAAUGACAAUCAAAGGUACGAAGACGAGUAUCAUCAAACAGAAAUCACAACAGAUGAAACAGAUGAAUCCAUUCUACACAAUCGACGAACAGAAAUUUGUGGCAUCUGUGAGGAAGCACAUCGUGUCUUCACGUGCCCAAAACUCACACAGAAUGCAGCAGACACACUGCAAUUGGUAAAAGACAAAGGUCUGUGUACAAAUUGUCUUUAUAAACACGAUGUAACUACGUGUACAUCGAAAUUUACGUGCAAAAAAUGUCAAACCAAACAUCACACAUUAUUACAUGACGCAUUUCAAGACGCUAAUUUUCACACACUUCGUGUAAACCAUGCGGAUAACAUAGCGAUUCAUAGAAAACAUGCACUUUUAGCUACGGCACUUGUACCAAUCUACUCAAAUGGUGGAUUCAUCAAUUUACGAGCACUCAUUGAUCCAGGUUCAACUGCAAAUUUAUUAAGUGAAAGAGGAGCACAGCUCAUACGAUGUACUCGACAACGGAUCAGUGGUGUACCAAUGUUUGGUGUCUGUGGAACCCAAACUGGGAUGGCAUCAUAUAAAACUACGAUUCAAUUAAGUUCAUUACAUCAACAAGACUUGCAAUUAUCCAUUGAUACAUACAUUACAAAUCACGUCACUUCGGUGCGACGAGUAUCAGCAGCAUCUGCAAGUGGAUGGACGCAUUUGGACGGCUUGCAAUUGGCCGAUCCAACUUUCCUUGAAGCGGGCAACAUUGACCUACUGAUCGGAGUUGAUACAUAUGCCGAAUUAAUUGAAAGUGGUUUGAUUAAAGGUCAAAGGGGACAACCCAUCGCACAAAAAACAAAAUUAGGUUGGAUUCUUAGUGGUGUUUAUGAAUCAGAAGAAUACAUAAAUCUCAAUAGACUCAUGGAUCUGACAGAAGAACCAACACCUCCGGAGGAUCACCUUCGGAUCCACAUAAUUACCAAUGAAGAUCUCGCCACUCAAAUCAAAGCAUUUUGGGAAAUAGAAGAAAUUACGCCUAUAAAACAUUGGUCAGAGGAAGAGCAAGCUUGCGAGGACUUUUUCGUUAAAACAACAAAAAGAGCAAAUGAUGGCAAGCUUGUAAUGAGGUUACCGUUCAACAUGGAUGUAAAUUCAACAAAUUUUUUAGGUGAAUCAAAGGAGAGAGCUCUAAACCGUUUCAAGGAUUUGGAAAAACGCUUCGCCCGAAAUCCAACAUUAAAAGAGGAAUAUGUCAAAUGCAUCAAUGAGUACAUUGAAUUGGGACAUGCCGUAGAAGUUCCAAUGUCACGAUAUAAACAUAUCAUCCCACAUCAUUCAGUAUUUAAGGAAAGCAGUACGACAACAAAAUGCCGAGUGGUUUAUGAUGCGUCGGCGAAAACAACAAACGGAUUUUCAUUAAACAAUCGUUUGCCGAUUGGUCCACCCAUUUUGGAAGACAUUUGGUCAGUCUUACUACGAUGGCGUCUCGGCCAGAUUGCAAUUACUGCCGAUAUAGAAAAAAUGUAUAGGCAAUUUUGGAUCCAUGAAGACGACGCACAGUAUCAACAAAUAUUGUGGCGCAACGAUCCAUCGGAAGAGUUGAAACUAUAUGAAUUACGAACAGUCACCUUCGGUACAGGCAUUGCACCCUUUCUAGCAAUCCGUGGCUUGCACUACAUUGCUGAUGCAAUUGCAUCAGAAUAUCCAGACUUGGAAUAUACUAUCAAGAAAUGUUUUUAUGUUGAUGACUGUUUAAAGGCAGUAGAUUCACCGAUGGAAGCCAUCCAGGUGAAGGAAGAGCUAACCAAGAUUUUUGCAUCAUUUGGACUUAAUCUAAGAAAGUGGAAUUCGAACGCUCCCGAAUUACUUUUGGACGAAGUGGUCGAUGUGAAAACUCACCCAACAAAUACCACAACACCUUUGGGGAUGCAAUGGAACACCACAACUGAUCAUUUAAGCUUCAAACUCACACUCAAACCGUCUGAGAAGAUAACGAAACGGACCAUUUUGUCAAACAUAUCAUCACUUUAUGACCCAAUGGGUCUGUUAGCACCAUUGAUCAUCAGAGCCAAGGCAUUUAUGCAGAGACUAUGGUUGGCACAAGUUGGUUGGGAUGACAAAAUCUCAGAUGAAUUAACACAAGAAUGGCAAACAGUGAAAACAUCAUUGACAUUAGCAUCACACAUCUCAAUACCUCGGUGGAUAGGCUUUCGUCGAGAAAACAAACACGUGUCACUACACGGGUUUUGUGAUGCUUCUGAACAAGCUUAUACGGCCGCAUUAUACCUCCGUACAGUUCUCAUGGAUGAUACGGUGGAAGUCCACUUAAUGACAGCCAAAACAAGAGUGGCACCAACUAAGAAAAUGUCAAUUCCACGCCUUGAAUUGACGGCAGCACAUCUAUUGGCCAAGCUAAUAACAAAAUUUAAAGCUGACAUCGCCAUUCCGGAGAUGCAUUUUUAUGCAUGGACUGAUUCUGCAGUCACAUUAGCUUGGAUAUCAACACCCGCACACAAAUUAAAGACGUUUGUAGCCAACCGCGUGUCCGAAAUCCAAGAGCAAAUUCCAGCCGAUUGUUGGAGAUACGUAAAAUCGGCUCAGAAUCCAGCAGAUUGUGCAACACGAUGCAACACUACAAAUGAAAUAAUUUCACUAACAAAAUGGUGGAAUGGCCCUUCAUUUUUGUCAGACGAACCAGAUACAUGGCCAACGGUUCCGCAGCAUAUGCUUUCAACUAAAAGGGUACUCGAAAUGCGUCCAACAAUUAUGCACCAACAAGCAAAGGAGCCACAAAAGGAGAAUAGUUUUUUGUUGAAACAUUCAGACCUCUAUAAACUGCUACGUCUUACGGCAUAUUGCACUCGCUUUCUAAAAUCAAAUCGAAGGUUCCAGGGACAACCAAUUCCAUCGCCAAUCGAGAUUAUGCAUGCCAAAAAUCGAUGGAUUCGUAUGAUCCAGAGCAUGUAUUACCCCGAAGAACAGAAAUGUCUAGUAAAAGGGAAGCCGGUUCAUGCAAAGAGCCCAUUAGCAUCGCUUACUCCCACUAUUGAUACAGAUGGUAUCAUUCGAGUACAAGGUAGACUGCGGAAUGCACUCUUACCAUAUACAACCAAGCACCCAGUAAUUUUGCCAGCUGAAAGUCAUUUUACGACAUUAAUAAUUCGUCAUGCCCACAAUCUGGCCUUACAUGGAGGGUUACAACUCACAUUGAGAACCAUUAGGGACGAAUUUUGGAUCACUCGAGGCAAAGUAACGGUCAAACGCGAACUCGCUAAAUGCAUGGUGUGUUUCAGAUAUCGCUGCCGGCCCGGACAGCAACAAAUGGCGGACUUAUUGGCGCCACAAGUACAGCCAAAUAGACCAUUCAGCCACACUGGAAUAGAUUUCGCUGGUUAUUUUGAAGUAAAAACAUCAACCAGAAAGAAUGCACCUUUCAUUAAGUGUUACAUAUCAUUGUUCGUUUGUUUAACAACAAAGGCGCUACAUUUAGAACUAGCCCACGACCUAUCAACAACAGCCUUUAUUGCGGCACUAAAUCGAUUUACAGCACGACGCGGAAUUCCCAAUGAAAUGUAUAGUGACAGGGGGACAAACUUCACUGGUGCAGCAAAAGAACUGCCAAAUUUAUGGUACCAGGAAGAGACCAAAGAGAGCCAACUCAUCCAACAAGAAUGUGCCAACAAAGGGAUCACAUGGCAUUUCAACCCAGCCCGUGCUAGUCAUUUUGGUGGACUAUGGGAGGCAGGUGUGAAAUCUGUAAAAACUCACCUGCACAGAAUCUUGAAGGAUCAGAGACUCACAUAUGAGGAUUUCAACACAAUUAUCAUCCAAAUCGAAGCUUGCCUGAAUUCAAGGCCUUUGUGUCCACUGAGUAAUGACCCAGAUGAUUAUGAAGCUCUAACUCCAAGUCAUUUUUUGAUAGGACAAGCUCUCAUGACCACCCCCCACCCAGACGUUAAGCACAUAAAAAUGAACCGUCUGUCAAGCUUCCAAUUCAUGCAACGUAUGCUUCAAGAUUUUUGGGAUAGCUGGUCGCAUGAAUAUCUGACGCGCCUGCAACAGCGACCAAAAUGGAAGAAGCCACAAACAAACAUGACGGUCGGACAAUUGGUGCUCAUUAAAGAAGACAAUCUACCACCGUCCCAAUGGGUCUUAGGACGGAUCAGUCAAACCUUCCCAGGCAAGGAUGGGCUGGUUCGAGCAGUUGAGGUCAAGUGCAAGAAUACAGUGGUCAGCCGGCCAAUUCAUAAAUUGUGUCCAUUACCAGUAGAGAAUGAAAUGGAUAAAAAUGAGCGUUUGAUCUGCGACCAAUCGCUCAUCCCCCGGGAGGAUGUUGAAGCCGCUCAAUAA